AUGACAGUGGAGGAGAGGACGAUUAAAACGGAUAGAAGUGAAGAGAACGAAACACCUUUAGAGGAUAAUUGUUGCAAGAUCUGUUUCAGAUCCUUUAUAGUCCCUGUGGGGGGAAUUAUUACUGUUGUUGUGUUACAUACAAGAACUUGCAUCUUGCAGUACUGGAACUGUGAGGCAGUGUCAAGCCCUUGCAAGUGUCCCAUGUGUGUCUGUCACAUCACUAAGCUAUCACCGGAAGCAACCUUGCAACAGCGCCAAGAGCAAGAGUUGAAGGGUUUCUCGUUAUGA